GGGCUAGCAAGAUGGCGGCGCCCAGGAGCCGGUGAGGCGAGAGGACGCGAGGGUCCUGGGGACUGCUGCACCAGUGCAUUAUGGCCGUGUCCCCGCACACUAUUUCCUCGCGCCUCCUCACAGGCUCAGUAGGAGGAUGCGUCUGGCAUUUAGAGAGAAGAGCUAUACAGGGAUUGCCACACAGGGUCACACAUCUGUUCAGGAAUGUCAAUAAUCAGUGGGUCACGGUCCAGCACUUGAGCUUCCUCAAGCGCAUGUAUGUCACACAACUGCACAGGGGCCUUAGCCAGCGAGUCAAACCAAAGCCAGAGCCACCGGCUUCUCCUUUCCUUGAACACACAUCUUCAGGGCAGGCUGGAGCAGAAGUGGAUGGGCUGCCAUCUUUCCCAGCUCCCAGUCUGCCUCUGUCCCGGAAGCCAAAUGAGGAGUCAGUGGAGCUGGAGGCGACCUCCACAGUGGACCAUUCCCUUGACACAGCCAAAGAGAAAACGGAAGAGAAGCAGUGGAAAGAGAUGAGGCUUCACAGUGAUGAUCUGCCUGGCAUUUUAGCCCGCCUGUCCAAGAUCAAACUCACAGCUCUUGUGGUAAGCACCACCUCAGCAGGCUUCGCUCUGGCUCCAGGCCCUUUCGACUGGUCCUGCUUCCUGCUUACAUCCCUCGGAACCGGCCUCGCAUCCUGUGCUGCCAACUCCAUCAAUCAGUUUUUUGAGGUGCCAUUUGACUCAAACAUGAAUAGAACAAAGAACAGGCCUCUGGUUCGCGGACAGAUAAGCCCAUUGCUAGCUGUCUCCUUUGCCACCUGCUGUGCUGUGCCCGGAGUGGCGCUUCUGACCUGGGGAGUGAAUCCACUCACAGGGGCCUUGGGGGUCUUCAACAUUUUCCUGUAUACCUGCUGUUACACACCACUGAAGAGGAUCAGCAUCACCAAUACCUGGGUUGGAGCCGUGGUUGGAGCCAUCCCUCCUGUCAUGGGCUGGACGGCCGCCACUGGAAGCCUUGAUGCCGGGGCACUUCUUCUCGGAGGGAUCCUGUACUCCUGGCAGUUCCCCCACUUCAAUGCCCUGAGCUGGGGCCUCCGUGAAGACUACUCCCGAGGAGGCUACUGCAUGAUGUCCGUCACCCACCCAGCCCUCUGCCGGCGGGUGGCACUGCGCCACUGCCUGGCCCUGAUUGCUCUGUCCACUGCUGCCCCCGUCCUGGACAUCACCACAUGGGUCUUCCCCGUCAUCUCCCUCCCCAUCAACCUGUACAUUUCCUACCUCGGCUUCCGCUUCUAUGUGGACGCAGACCGCCGCAGCUCACGGAAACUGUUCUUCUGCAGCCUGUGGCACCUGCCGCUGCUCCUGCUGCUCAUGCUCACCUGUAAGCAGCGGCCGGGUCACGAGGGGGACAAGGGAGAGGCUCCAAGCUGAGAGCUAGCCGGUCUGUGGGGAACAUGAGAGCAGACACUUGCAGACACACACGUCCAGCACUGCCCUGGGCCAGCAGGAAGCGUAUUUUGGUGAUUCUGGCAAAAGGAAAAUUGGAUGGUAUCAGCUGGUGGCAGAUCAUCUGGUGCUGUGUCGUCGCUUAAUAUCAAUAUCCAAAUAUUUUAAUAUCAAUAUCCAAACUGCUCCCCAAGUAAGAAAGGGAUAGCGUAUGGAGUCAGUACAAAAAAAGAGAAUAUUCCUUCUCCUCGAAGGUCUUUAUUCAUCUCUCCCUCCAGCCCUAUGUUCUCUCCACUUGACGUAUGUGCACAUCCUCCUCCCCACCCACAUCCCCAGCCCCGACACACACACACACACACACACACACACACACACACACGCACACACACACACACACGUACACACCACCUGGAGGCCACAGUGGUCACUGCUCAAACAGGCGAGUGCUUGUGACUCUGUGGUUCCACAUCCUGAAGCCCCACACUGUCUCAGAAAUUCACUUACUGUGGCCACAGCUCCCCUUCUCUGCCAGUAAGAUGGGGCCUGGCUAGCUGUCUAUACCCUACCAGUGUUCCCAACCAUGUGUUCCCUCAAGUAACACAACACCCAGCCCGGGCUGCUCACUGGGAGUGAGGAUUCCUAACGGUUGCCUGCAGAAUCCCAGGCUGCAUUGCCAGCACACCAUCACUUCCAGUCCCACCCCAUAUUAGGGCUUCAGAAACCCCAGGAAAUACCCUGCGUGUUCAUCAUUCUCUCAGGCAUGGUCUGAGCAUUUCUUUUUGGAAGGGCAUCACCCAGCAUCACCCGAGGGAGAAGCUGAGCUGGGUCAGCAGCCAUUUUGCGUCCGCUUAUCUCUUUCAUGCAAACCACAUUUCCACUCUGGUGCCUCCUGAGUCCAGAAAUUGGCCUCUGUGCCCAGUGGUGUUCAGAGAGGGCCAGCAGGGCUCCUCAUGGCCAUGGGUCCACUUCAUGGCCUCUGAUAGAAAAUGCAGGUCCCUGUAAGUCCUGGGUCUGAUGUGGACCCAGGGCCACAGAGAGCAAUGGCGCCUUAAAAUUGUGGAGCUGGCAGCAGCGUUUGAGUUCCUUAAUUUCCAGGGUGCUGUGCUGUGCCCUGUCAGGAUUCCCUCCAGGGGUUGAAGCCACUGGGGGAAAAAACGGUUCCAGAAUUUGGACUGUUCUCUCAAAAUGUGGAAGGAAGGCUUCGGCCAUGGCCCAAAGGGAGAGCACUUGCUUAGCUCUGGGCUCAGGGUUUGAACUUAAGCACCCCAAAAAUUUGGGGGAGGAUGGUGUCUAGUAUGCCUGAAGGCAGUGUGCCUGGAACCUCUCUCUACCUGUUGUAAAGUUACCUCCUGGCUGUGUCCUCCUGUGGAGACGGAAUGUGCAGAGAGCAUCUAGGACCUGUCGUAGCCCUUAUAGUCUGUAAAGUGUGUCGAUUGUCCUCCUCCUGCAAUAAAACAGUUAAAGGACA